GUAUGUACGCAGUUGUUUUGUGUUUGAAACUGAAUUUAACAGCAUUUUUUAUUUUAUACUAGAGAUUAUUGGUAGCAUUAAUAAUUUAAAACUGUUACGGACUGGCUAAUUAAUUAAUUUAAAGAAUUACUGAACUGACUUUCCAUUGGAAUACAUUCGGAACUAAAGAUGGAGGAAGAGGAGGACCAUCCUGAAGCUUUUUCAGCAGAAGCUUAUGCUGCAUCAUCUAUGGCAGCCGACAUGGACCCAUGGAUCAUAUUUGAUGCUCGAAAGACACCCAGAGCAGAAUUCUCCAGUUGGCUUGAAUCUAAUCGCCCCUCACAAGUAAGCCGUUACGGCGAUGAUGAGGGCAUGACUGGACCAGUAGGCUGGAUUGCUGUGAGGAGUGCAGACCACUGCCCCAGCACGGGGGAUGUCACUGGUCUGCAAGAGAGCUGGGAGAUGUUAUUAUCCAGCGGCCGACCUGUCACCUUUCAUACCAUCAAGGAGCUCGCCUUGAAUCACAAUGUGUUGACGGGGAAGUGGCUAAUGCAUCUAGACACCGGCUUCAAAGUGGACCAUGCCUGGGAAUGCAUUGCCAAAGCAGUACUGAAUGGAAGGAUCUCUUCGGCCAAAGUGAGCCCGCGAGAGCCCAGUCUAGACACCAAGCACGUUAUUUGUGUCUACAAUGAGAACUUUGCAGAUGAGGAGCAAGUGAUGCAGCUGGACGCAGCAAUCAGGGCUGCCGGAGUCAAGUGUCCUUUGUCCUACAAACCAGAUGUCUAUACAUAUCUGGGGAUUUAUCGUAAUAAUAGGUGGAAGCUGUGCCCCACUAUUUACGAGAGCAAGUUUGAUCUGGAGUGUGUCCCGCGCCGCUCUCACAUUGUCAAUAAAGUCACCAGCCUGGAGGUCACAUGAGUUUAAAAAAUCUUGUGCUUAACUUACCAACUUAUUAAUUACUAGCAUGUGUUUUGCUAGGGGUAGUUGCUAAACUGUGGAAUUUGUAAGGAACAAAAAGAUCUGUUCCAAAUUUUGCUGUUCAGUAAUCUAGCACUUAACUUCUUCUGCAAUUAAUUUAUUCUGAAUGAUAUAAGUUUGGUUUUAAAUUGACAUUUGAGUACAUAUUUGAGUAUGUACAAGGUACAAGUAAAAGGUUUUUUUUUGUUAAAAUGAUGUGAUUCUGUUUGUGAGGAGUGUGCCAUAUUAUCUGUUGAUUGAAAGAAUUUUUCAAAUGAACUGAAAGAUUUGGGGAAAAAGGAUUUUUGUGAAUGUUUGAUAGUCAGAUUAUUGAACAAAAUUACAUUUUGCAAUUUUUAAAUAAAGCAAAUGUGAAACACCCUGAUAAAUAAGCUGUUAUUUCCCAUAUCACAUUGUCUAAGGAAUACUUGCAUCAUCACAAUAGUUAGGAAUAAACAAUUGUGAUAUGUCUGUUAAAUGUUAUAAAUGUAAAUAAUACCCUAUUUGCUCACUGUAGUAUCUUUUCUAGGAAAGUAGGCAUUUUGUUUUGGUUUACAUUUUUGUGAUGUCAUUUUUUUGUGAUCUGAAAUUUAGGUGCAUGUUGGGGUUCAAACGUUUUGAUCUUGCAAAAAUGAUUGAAAUGCUUUAGAACAGUGUUGUUUGAAGCCUGGUUCUGGCUUAUCUGUUUUUUCCGUUUUAGAUGCUGUGCUGCAAAUAAUAAAAAAAAAUUACUCUGUACUCUAGUUUUCAGUUAGGCCACCUCCAAAAACAUGCCAGAAAGGUGAUUGACUGUUCUACAUUGUACCUCUACCCCUACUUGUUAGUUACUAAAUGUGCAAUACAAAUAGACUUUAACCCCGUCCAGAGUGACCCUGAUCAGGAUAAACCAGUUACUAAAGAGAAUAAAAUAAACAAAUGAAUGUUGUCAAAAUAGCCUUUUAUAAAAAAAUGUUCAACUGAUUUUUUGGUAUAAACCUGUUAAUUAAGAUGCAAAAGGCAGGAGGUUUUUGGAACAUGAGUGGAAAAUGAAUGAUUUAGUAUUUCUGCACUUUUGCGAAAUCAUUAUAAAACAAGUUCAUUAUGUUUUUAUAUUCAUUUAGUUUCAGUACCCACAAUAGGAACAGCCCAGUAUAGUUAGAGCAGUGUCUGUUCUUCUGAUGUCACUGACUAAAUGUCAUUCUGUAGUUUCCUCUGCUUUAAAGAAAUAUGUACAAAGCUUUAAAUGAAACAUCUCACCCAAGGUGGAACUUGGAUUUUGUUACUUCUGGCAUAAAGUUAACACAUUUGAUUAUAAGAACAUCAGCAGUCAAAAACAGUGGUGGUUUUGUGAUGGUCUGGGACUGAUGUGAUUCUGCAGGACGGUUGCAAAAUCUGCUCUCUAUCAAAAAAUCAGGGAGAAUGUUUGGUAGUCAGUUUGUGACUUAAAACUAAAUUACAGUUGGGUUAUGUAACAGGACAAUGAUCUAAAUUACACAUGCAAGUCAGCCUCUGAAUGGCUGAAACAAAAUUAAGUUUAAUUUGAAUCCCAUUGAGAUGCUGUAAAAAGGCUUUGAACCAUUUAUGCUCUUUCUUUAUCUUAUUGAAUGAAUUUCCACUGUUAAGGUGUUUUCAGAUAAAGCAUUUUCUAUGUUCUUUAUUUCUUCUUUUGCAAGAUUUCUUUUUUGACUGUUUUGUAAGCUUUGCUUAAUAAUUAACACCAACCAACUACUGUGGGCAAACAAAAAAAGUUUGCUUUAGCAGCAAGGACGUUAUAUGUGACACUAAAGCAAAACCAAUUAGGGAUUAUUUUGGAGCACCUAAUUAAUAAAGGAUACAGUCAAGCCGGAAA